UCCUUGGUGGCUGCAUGAUGCCAAGAAAUGACCAGGCUAGGAUGAGAGGCAAAUGGUGGGUUGCACGAUGUCAUUUAAAACCUCGGAAUCCUCGAGGCGCUUGCCAGGAUUCAAGUGCUCCGGUGCCACUAAGGAGGCCAAUGAAAAGCGAACACUUUCGCAUGCACGGCGCCACCAGAAAAGGAGCGAAAACCCCCUUAUAGAGGCGACGGGAUCAGAAAAGAAUUCCUGCUCAUAUCACAGUUCUCAUAGUUGAUCCUGAUAGACGAUCAUCGUCAUGGCCUUUGCGUCCUUGAUCUUGUGGGGUAUCGCCGCUCUCGUUGGCUACCUUGUAUACCAGCAAUCAUCUCAGAAGCACCGGCGCAAUCUACCUCCCGGCCCAAAGCCGUUGCCUAUCCUCGGAAAUUUGAGAGACUUUCCUCCGGAUGGCACCGCGGAAUACCAGCAUUGGCUAAAGCACAAGGAUCUUUAUGGUGGCAUUAGCUCCGUGACAGUUAUGGGUAUGACGCUGAUCAUUAUCCACGACAAGAAGGCGGCGCAUGAGCUGCUAGAGCAGACUUCAAGCAAGACAUCAGGACGACCCACGAUGAUCAUGGCAAAUAAGCUGUGCGGCUAUGAGUCCAUCGUCCUCUGCCAGGGUUACAAUCCCACCUUCCGACGCUAUCGCAAGUUCCUGCAUCGGGAGCUUGGAACCAAGGUGUCUGCAGCGGAGUUCCGCGGGGUCCAGGAGAUUGAGGUUAGCCGACAGCUUGUGCGUGCGUUAAAUGAGCCUGGAAAAUGGCUGGAGCACUUCAAAACUACUGCCGGCGCUACUGUUUUAAAAAUGGCGUACGAUUACACCAUCGAGCCUCAUAAGCCUGAUCCAUUGGUUGACUUGAUCGAGAAAAUGAUGACCGAGUUCUCCCUCGCCGCUGUUCCCAUGGCGUGGGCCGUUGACAUUAUUCCGGUACUCCGGCAUCUGCCUGAGAAUUUCCCCGGUGCAACAUUCAAGAAGACUGCCCGCAAAUGGAGAAAAUCCAUCCAGGCGACAGCGUAUAUCCCGUACCGAUUUGCGCAGAGCCGAAUGGCUUCGUUGAGCUUUCGGCCGUCAUACGUAUCGAAGCUUGUCCAGCAGCUUAAGGGCGAGAGUGAUAAUAACACUCUGAGUCAAGAGGAUGAGCAUUCGAUUAUCUGGACCGCUGCUAGUCUGUAUGGCGCUGCAGCGGAUACUACCGUGAUUACUCUCACCACCUUCACGCUGGCUAUGAUCAAGUUCCCGCACGUGCAGCGCAAGGCUCAGGAGGAGAUCGAUCGCGUGAUUGGUACAGACCGACUACCCAGGUUCGAGGAUCGCGACAAGUUGCCGUACGUCGAUGCCUUGGUGAAAGAAGCCAUCAGAUGGUGGCCACUUGCACCCAUGGGUUUCCCUCACACAGUCACCGAGGAUUUCGAGUACAAUGACAUGCACAUCCCCAAGGGUGCAUUCCUCCUCCCAGCUGUGUGGUGGUUUCUGAAGAACCCCGAAGUAUAUGCCGACCCUGACUCGUUCGAUCCCGAUCGUUUCCUUGAGCCACGCAACGAGCCCGAUCCCAAGAUGGAGGCAUUCGGCUAUGGCCGCAGAAUCUGUCCCGGACGGUUCUUUGCAGACUCUAGUCUCUACCUCAACAUCGCGCAGUCAUUGGCGGCGUUCACCAUGGCCAAGGCGAUGGACAAGGAUGGCAAGGAAAUCGAGGUAGACGUCAGGCCGAAACCGGGUGUUCUCACAUAUCCCACCGAAUUCGAUUUUCAGGUCACACCGAGAAGUGAGAAACACGUACAGUUGAUUCGACAGCUAGAGCGACAGCACCCAUGGGAGGCCAGCGAUGCCGAACAACUCGAGAGUGUGGAGGAUUUCCAAGCUGAGUAGGAGACAGUAAAAAGAGGCGACAGAUUAUGGUAUGAAUACUGUUUGAGUAGGUGAUUGAUCCUUCCACUUCUGUGUGUUCCGGAUAAGUCUUCCAUAUGAGAGAGUUGUAGAGGGGAGUAGUAUGUAGCUUUAGUCUGAGCGGAGGACGAUCUACAGUGCAAACAGACCAAACCCACCCGUAACUAACUAUACUGCCAUGAUAGGUAAGUUUUGUCUAAAUUUGUAGAAGUGACUGCCAUGGACUGUGAUGUAGAGCUUAAAAUCUAGUUUACUCAGUGUGCACUCUAAGACUGUUAGGAAAACAGUUACUAUGGAGUGUACUACUGACACUGUAGGGUCCACCGACGAAGGCUGACGGCGGAAUGGAUCAACGAUCGGCCGGCCGUCUUGGGGUGCGUGAUCACUGAUCAACUGCUCCGUCGUCAUUUCUCCCA